AUGUGGCUCUGGAAUGCUUGCUGGGCAUCCAGGCUGCUGCUGCUGUCCGCAGCCAGUGGUCUGGCGUCUGGCCUGUCACAAUUCCAGCGCUUCGAGUUGAACAAAACCCCCUGCCCGGGUGCCUGUGACCCCAGCGGGAAUACCACAAAGUGGUUCACGUACCACAGCGUGGACGAGUUCGCCGCGUGCAACGAGCCACUCUUGCUCAACUUUAACCUGUACACGCCCGUCGACGACGAUUCAACACACACCACAAUCCGCGCUUGUACCCUUGGCAACGCGCAUAGCAAAGUCAAUUUUCUUACUGCUUCCGGCUACGUAGCCCCUGAUGCAUUGGGCGCAACAAACUUUGGCCCGUCGUCUCCUCAGCGGCGUGAUGGCUCUGGUUCUACUGCAAGUGUUGCCCAUGGCGGAAGAUCGGCUACUAAAUCCAAUUCCACGGCCUACAUGACAAAGUCGGAGACCAACGAUCCCCUCAGCAGCAAGGCAACCGAAGAUAUGAUUACCGCCGCCCAGGCUCUCCAACGGAACCUCAGGCAGCAGACCGUGAUCCCCGGGAAGAAAAAGAUCACUUUUGCCUAUCUCCACGGCACGCUCAUUGGUCUCUAUUCCGGGUCACAGGUCGAUUUGAUGCAGACCUUCGAGUCCAUGCUGGAUCAGCUGAUCACGGCCCUUGAGGGUCAAGACUCAGACUCUGCCCCCUCUAGAAAGUCUCUCGAGAUCUGCGGGGGGCACUGUACGGCAAGCCACAUCUUUGGCGUCGUUGCGGAUGCAGGCGGUGAUUUCCGCGCCGUCCAGAGCAUUGUUAAAUCGUGGAACGACGGCAAGCUUCUGUCCGCCAAGUCCGAGGCGGAAGCUGAGUCUAUCACCAAGUCCUCCCUCUGGACGUAUGCCAGCAACAAUAGCACACAACAGCAUCGAAGACGCAGUCAUGUGCGCCAACUGAGUCCAAGAGCCGAGUGUCGCAAUAUCAAAGUUGAAGCCGAAGACACCUGUCCCUCGCUGGCAACUCGCUGCGGCAUUGGAAGCAAGGCGUUAGAGAACUUCAACAAGGGCACGCCGAACUUUUGCACCACUCUCCAGCCCGGCCAACACGUAUGCUGCUCGUCCGGUACGCUGCCAGACGUCAAGCCAAGCCCAAACCCAGAUGGGUCGUGCACGUACCACGAGGUCCAAGAGGACGAAUACUGUAAGACGAUUGCCGUAAGCUACGGGUUGACCCUUGAUGAUCUGUUUGACUAUAACAAGAAGACGUGGGGCUGGGUUGGCUGUGACAAUCUCCAGUUCGGUCUGCGCAUCUGUGUCAGUGAAGGGUUCCCUCCCCUACCAGCAUCCGUGUGGAACGCUGAGUGCGGCCCAACGGUGCCGGACACGAAGCCUCCAAAGGAGGGCGACGUGCUCGCCGAGAUGAACCCCUGCCCGCUAGAUGUCUGCUGUAACAUAUGGGGCAUGUGCGGCACCACAGUCGACUUUUGCAUACCGUCUAACUCCACGACUGGAAACCCCGGCACAUCGGCGCCCGAGGAAAACGGAUGCAUCGCCAACUGUGGAAUGGAGAUGGUGAACGACGACAAAGCGCCCGAAGUAUAUAAGAAGAUCGGCUAUUUUGAGGGCUGGAACUACAACCGCCCGUGCCUCACUAUGCACGUCGACGAUAUCGACGACGGCUAUACCCACGUUCACUUUUCAUUUGGCGAGUUCUCCUCCGACAUGGAGGUGGUUAUCAAAAAAGACACUCAAGAACAGUGGAAGGCCUUCAAAAACGCCAAAAGGGACUAUAAGAAGAUUCUGUCCUUUGGCGGGUGGGAAUUCUCCAAUGCGCCCGCCACCUCAGGUCUCUUCCGCCUGGCGGUAUCGCCGGACUAUAGGGAAACAUUUGCUGAGAAUGUCGUCAAGUUUGCUAACGACAAUGGCCUGGAUGGUCUUGACUUUGAUUGGGAGUAUCCUGGCGCAACUGACAUUGAGGGAUCGGAUCCUGGAAGUGAGGACGAUGGCGAGAAUUACCUCGAGUUCCUGAAGCUCGUGCGGGAGAAGCUUCCUAAAGGCAAGUCGCUUUCGAUUGCCACUGCGGCGUCCUUCUGGUAUCUCAAGGGAUUUCCGGUCAAGAAAAUGACGCCGGUCCUGGACUACUUUAUUCACAUGACAUACGACUUCCAUGGUCAAUGGGAUGUUGGCAGGGAAUGGUCCAUGGAGGGUUGCCCAGCAGGAAACUGUCUGCGAUCCCAUAUCAACUCAACGCAGACCCACGAUUCCCUAGUCAUGAUGACAAAAGCUGGCGUCCCAUCGAACAAGAUUGUCGUGGGCGUGACCAGCUACGGGAGAUCAUUCAAGAUGUCUGACUCGACCUGCCGCGGCCCAAUGUGCACGUAUCUCGGUGAUAGGAAUGAUUCACCUGCAAAGCCGGGUAAAUGCACGGAGACUAGCGGCUAUAUCUCCAACUACGAGAUUCUCGAAAUUAUUGAUAAAGGUGGUGCCAUCAAAAACUGGUAUGACGAGGCGACUGAUUCGGACUAUCUGGUCUAUAAUUCCGUCGAGUGGGUCGCAUAUAUGACCGACAAGACCAAAGAGCGCCGGCGCGGCCAGUACAAAGGCCUCAACUGUGGGGGUACAACUGACUGGGCCAUUGAUCUCCAGGGAGAAGGAAAGCGUGCCAACACAGGCGAUCCUGUCUACUUGGACCCCAUUGUAUACAAGGAGCCCGAUGCUUGGUGUGAAGCGCCAUGUGUGCUGGUAUUUCCACCUAGCAAACUUCCCUCGCCAGCGACCAUCGACCCGGGAGAGUACACUACUUCACUUCUCUACGGCACCACAACCGAAAGUGUCAAGGGCGGCGAAACGAUCACCGCAUUCGUGACGCAGACGACGACAAUCACCAUUGACCUGCCCGUAAUCACGACCGACGAGUUAUCGUACUCCAAUGUCAAUAUCAGCCGAAAUCAGGAAACCAGUUCGCUCUGGGUCGGGGUUAGCGUUCCUAUCGCGCCCGUCACCGUGAGCCUGGACGACGGUGAGGGCGGCACGACCACACGUGUUCUUACCCUUCCCGCAUGGCCGGCUGUGACCAAAGGGCCACGGCCUAAUGGUGACGAUGACGACGAUGAUGAAGGCGACGACGAUGAAGACUGGGAACUACCGAAUCCAGUUGAGACAACGGCUACAGUAGAGCCUACUGAGCCCGCCCCGACGACCUUGCCUACUUGGCGAACAUAUCCACCUGCCAUUGUCGAACCUGUCAAUGAGGACGAUGACGGUGACGAUGAUGACGACGACGACGACAAUGGCGUUGUGAUCAUCACGAGCUGCAACCUAUGGUUCUUCAACAUAUGUAUUGGAGGCAAAUUCAAGUCGCUUAAAUGGACACUCCCUCCAGGCAUUUAUCCACCCGGCCCGCCGCCCCCAGAUAUCAUAGGUCCCCCUGCAAGCCCCAAGUUUACUAUCAACCCACCGCUUCCCCCUUGGCCAGAAAUCACCGUUGGUCGUGACAACAAGCUCACAUACAGUAACGAACCGUCCUGUAAGACCGAGUCGGCAGAGGCUUGCUCCACGACGGUCACAAAGUCGGAGACACUAGUCGGGACAAUCACGUCCACGGUCACUGCAACUUCGUCCGCCUGCGAGACAGUAUACGGCUGCUCCUUGACGGACUGGGACUCGACUACGACGACCACUCCGACAGUUUGCGCUCAGCCUACCCCGACCAGUGGCGCAUAUGAGCCGCCCGAAAUUGGAUGUCCGGCUCCCGCCAUCGUCUACCCCAAGAAUCCUGAGAACGUGGGCUCGAUCCCCAGCCUGCUUCAGGGGUAUGAUGACUACGUUGAGGUCGGAUUGACCACGGAAAACUGGGUGGCGUUCUACUGGAUUCCCAUGCUCGGCCAAGAUACCAUGGACGCUCUGAGACGCUCGCCCGACGUCUCGUAUGCAUACUACUACGUGGAGACAAACUACAAUCUUGGAAUGCCCUUCCAUUUAGAGGACGAAUUCCGACACUGGGACCUUCCCUCGGGCCCGGAGGCUCCAGCCGCCGCGGGCAAGCCAAACGAUGGAAUUUUGUUGGACGAGCUGCCAGAGGACUUUGACCCUGAUUUAGACAUGGAUCCCAGUUCACUGAAUGACACGCUCCGGUUCGAGUCGCGGCGCGACAAAAGACAGACACAAUUCCACGUGCCCCGAGACACGCCCUUUUGGGGCCCUUCGCAAGUUUCCUUGCCCAAGGGUAGUAGCUGGGGCUCACCGGGCAGCUCCAGCUUCGAUCCCGAAAACCCCGACGGUGACAAAUACACAUAUAACUACGACGUCGCCAGCGCGCGGGAUACAUAUAUGUACGCGCUUUUCGACGAAGGCAUUUGGAAUGAUCACAGUGAAUUCAUGGGCAGGAACAUAGAGUAUCUUGACUCCCAGCAAAAGUUCGGUCCCAACACCGACUAUUCACCAAGAUAUGAUCAUGGGUCCGGAGUUGCCGCCAUGGUCAUCGGCAAUCAGGUCGGCAUUUGUCCGUCGUGCACCUUGGUCGUUGUCACAAGCGAGUCUCCGAGCAGAAAGGUAGAAAAGUGGUAUGACUUUCCCAACGAAAAGAUCAUUGCCCAACUCAUCGACACACUCGAUGAUGUCAAGAAAAAAAAGAGGCAGGGCAAGUCGGCCAUCAACAUGAGCUUUUCCUUCGGCCUCGACACCGUCACAACCAUGUUUCACAUCGUAUUCCGACAACUACUAGAGAAGCUUGACAACGAAGGCGUUGUAGUGGUCGUGUCAGCCAACAACCACGCGAAAUCGGAGCAGAUACCCGUGAGAAGAUAUCCUGCCAAAUUCGGUGACCCCAACGACCAGUAUGGCGGCCUCGACAAUCUGAUAGUGGUCGCCGCGGCAAACUGGAAGACCGAGAGAGCCGACUUCUCCAAUUACUCCCCCUUUGUGACGACGUUUGCCCCGGGGAAGGACAUUCACUGCCCCGCCGACAAGUUCUUGGACUCCGGGAAAAACAUGGUGACCUGCAGCGGCACUUCCUUUGCCGCUCCACAGGUCGCUGCGCUGGCCAAUUACUUCCGAUCAGUGCCGUCCCCGUGGCAGUCUCAGCUGAGCAAAACAAGCAACGUCAAGAAGCUCAUCCAGCUCUUUGCGCGUCGCUUCGCCGUACAUAGCCACAACGUUGACCCCGCAGACCGGCGGCCGAUCAUUUGGAACGGCCAGGUCGGCGAGCACAGCUGUUUGCGCGACUACGGGUCCAAGGAAGACUGGGCCAAGGUGUGCCCCAACAUCCAGGACAGCCUCGAAGACGAGCCAAUGAAUCCUGGGGAGCCCGUGGAGCCUUGCGGGGCAGGCCAGAGCGGCAACCCGGCAAAGCGGCGGCGGGACGGUGGUAGCUGCCCCGUUAUUCCCAAUGACAACGGCCCGGGCAAGAACAUCGACUGGGAAGACGGCCCGUCGGAGCCCGAGUGCAACGGCGACGACCACUGCGGCGGAGAGCUUUGCAAGGGGUACUACUGCGAUCCAAAUCCGAAAAUCAGUCACCCGCCGGACUACUACGACCCCAAGGACCCGAAGAACCCUCAUGGCAUGCCCUCCCAGAAACCGACAUCGACAUCGACGACUACCGGUACAUCACCAACGACUACAUCAUCGCCGCCUGUUGAAACUGUGCCGUUGUGUCUUGGUAAAUCAACGACACCUACGUCGCAAUUCCCACUCUAUGCCUAUAGCAUUUAUGCGCCUGGUUACCACUGCGAUGGCAUGUUUGUCACUGACGCCAAUAUCGGAUCGUCUCCAAAGAUCUGCUCCGUUCCUCAAGACGAAUUCACCUUUGAUUGGUGCAAAAAGGACGAUGCUAAAUUUGUGGACGAAGGCCCUGAAUUCUUCGGCGAAUGCGGAUAUCAAAUUUCGAUCAAUGGCAAAAAGUAUACGCCUCGACAGCUAGACCCCACGGAUGAUGAUAACCCAUGCUCAGGCACCUGUCCUGACGUUGUAUCCAUUCAAGGGAUCUUGUUAUACGAGGAUCUACCUGCAUGCGAUUAG